UUUUUAAGCAAGUGUAAACUAGACAGUAUCUCUCAUUGAAGUACAACCGGAUCGACCUACGGCUUUAGUUCCUAUCUAAGGAAAUGUGAAUAGUGUGCCCCUGUUCAAUAAUGUGCAUUCUUAGUUUUGAAGUUUAAAAAAACAUUCGACGAACGAAAAUGAGUGAUUUGGGCUAGUUAUUUUGAGGAAACUCUCGACAACUGAGGUCGUGGGUUCGACGCGUGGGCCUCGCGCCAGUCCUCGUUUACCUGUACCUCGGCUGGCGCGGAUUGAGAAGGUUUUGGCACGGAAGCUUACCAGGGGUACGUGCUCGGUCCCGCUCCGCACCUUUAUUGGGGUGUGCGCGCUGGUUGCGAGAGGUGCUCGCAUUGUUUGAGGAACCCGUAUGACGUGUGGGUAUGUCGGGGUGCACCUGAAAGGAUCAAUACAGAGCUUACCUGUCCGCUGUCCUAUUGUUUGCCUCACCCUCCUCAACAACAGAACUCUAGAGAGAGAGGGAGAGAGGGACACGCUUACAGUGGAGUUCUAUGCAACGGAAUUCAUGUGAGACAACCGUGGGAACGAAGCUCACUCGCUCUUCUCACACUUAUUGUUCCAAAUACCUCAGCGCAUCGCGCUAAGACUAUAAAACUCGACGAGGUUAAAGUAUUAACUUUUGAAAGAAGAAGCGAGUCGGGGCCUUUCGUUUUUACCUCGAUCUUUUGAUGUUAUUAUUUAUCUCAAAGCAUCACGCUCACAAUGGACGAAUGUGGUCUUUUCUUUUGAGUCUCGUGAUGUUGACGAUUUUUGGGGCAAGGUGAAUCUUUCUGGGCUUCUCCUGAUGGCCUCUUCAUCGCUUCUAAAGAAUAAUACAUCAGAGUAAAAGAAUAAAAGAACAAUACCUCGUCUGUCAUUUUAUUUUAUUUUGAGUGCUUUGUAAAACGUCGGAAAAGCUUGACAAUUAAUUUAUCAUAUACCAUCGCUCGGAAGCGAGAAAAAUAUUUACGGCAUCAACAAUACUUUUGUGAAUUCGCGUGAACAACAAUGUGUUUGGCGGUCGCCGAGAAGUCUUGAUCUUUUUCGAAGAGAAACACAACUUUUGGGAUAAUUCACUCUUCAACCUCCAAUAAAAUAAGAAAAAGAGAAAAGCGUUGUCAUUUGCUAGGCAACACACUUUUUGGAAUAUCGGAUGAAUAUCGGUAGCGAUCGAAAAGAACGAGAAGAUUGAUCUACUUUUACAAACAAAUUCGACCAGCUUUAGCUAAUAGUUUUCGAACAAAGCCAUACAGUCGUUUUUCGUUUGGAAAACACUUUUCGAAGUUCUAUGACAAGAAAAGAGAACGACAAUUGUAUAAUUUUACAAUUUUGCAAGAGGAUUCGAAAGUUAGUGGUGGAAAAUUAGCUGGAAACGGGGGCUGCCUGGAUCGUCAAGAUUGGUCGUCUGCUUCGAGUGAGAUUUAAUCGGUUUUUAGGCGCGCGCCGCGGGUCGUCCCGAGAUAAGUCGCCCACACCACUGGUAAUGACACCUUCUACUGAUGAGAUGUCGUCGUCAGAGAAACCGAGUAGAAGCCAUGAAGGACGAAAGUCUUCCAAACCUCUGAUGGAGAAGAGGAGGAGGGCGAGGAUCAAUGAUUGUUUGACAGAAUUACAGACUAUACUGGACGCCCUUAACCCAGAGAAUAACAGCACAAGACAAAACAAGCGAGAGAAAGCCGACAUUUUGGAACAAACCGUCAAACUGGUCAAGCAACUUCGACAACAUGGAAUCCGAGGCAAUCACCCACCAGACCCAAACACUCAAGUGCAAUUUAGGUCGGGGUUCAACGAGUGCAUGGCAACCGUCACCCAGUUUCUUUCGGCAAAUAAUGGCUCGCUGAAUGGGGAAGCUAAGGCCGGACUUAUGUCUCACUUAGCAAACUCCCUACAGUGCAACAAAGUGUACUCCGAACGCUUGCCCCACCCACCGCGACGACGCCCCGAAGAGGCAACCAAUGGCAUGAGCGCAUCCGCAAAGCCAACGCCAACUUCUACCCAAUCACAUGCCGGCGAUUCAAGCGAGGUCAGCUCUAUGAACGUUGUUCAUCCAAUGCCAGCUGCCACUCCUGAGGCGGCUGUGACGUCAUCUUCACCACAUUCCACAGUAUCGGUGCCAGCAGUGAGUGUACCAAACGCUAUGAAUGGCGCGUUGCCUAGUCUCACAGCCAGGCUGGAGUUCACCUCAAACGGGAGCAAUGUACAAAAUACAACUCGACUCGUGCCUAUACAUAUACCAUUCAAGGUGCAAUCGCCUGGACAGAUAAUUCUAGUCCCAUGCCAGUCGCAGAUGAUUAAUGGUAACCAGCUAACUACGCCCAUGAUCCCCGUUAUGAGUCCUCCCACCGCCACCCUGGCCUCCAGUCCGCUAUCGUCUGCCGGGAGCUCGGGCUCUGUCGCAAUAUCACCAGCGCAUCACUUCCAAUCUCCGCAAAAGCCCUCUCCCCAGCCAAUAGACACUGGAGGCCCGUCAACCUCGGGUACGAUCAUGUACGCAUCUUACCCCGCACCGGCACCACCCAGUGCCGCCGCGGCUGCUCGAGUCGCCAACCUUAUGCCCCAAGCGGCGGCGCCAUAUCCGAUCGCUUUCGUUGCCAUGGGAGACUCCUCCGAGAUGCAAAAUGAACAGUUCUACCAGAAUCUACCAAGGUUUUUGGUAAACCCACCUAAUGGCUCAGACCCAGUCUGGAGGCCGUGGUAAUCUCCGACCAUGUUAUGAUAAUGAGUAAUUAGAAAA